GGAGCAGUGUGGAGCGUGUGAUGAGGCUGGACACACACAAGCGAUGCUCACUGCUAUGUGUAGGUUUAUCCUUCCCCAAAGGAUGACUGCGGACAGUUGUGACUCUGUGGAGGGCUCGCAAACAUCGGCUGCAGAGAUGCUGAGCGCCAACAUCUCCAAGACAUUGCGCGAAGACAAUGCCACCAAGAACUCCAGCUGUGGAUCCGUAUCAGUGGGUUUUCCUAUCACCAUGAUGAUCACCGGCAUGGUGGGCAACUCGCUGGCUCUCAUCCUGGUCUACGUCUCCUAUAUAAAGAAGGAGAACAAAAGGAAAAGGUCGUUCCUGCUUUGCAUUGGAUCUCUGGCGCUCACUGAUCUGUUUGGACAGCUGCUGACGAGCCCAAUAGUCAUAUCAGUUUACAGAGCUGACCUGAGCUGGGAGCGCAUCGACUCAUCGGGCAAACUUUGCGCCUUUUUCGGCGUGUGCAUGACAACUUUUGGCCUGUGCGCGCUCUUCUUGGCCAGUGCCAUGGCGAUUGAGAGGGCCAUGGCGAUAACGAACCCACACUGGUACUCCAGCCACAUGAGGACAAGUGUGACUAAGCAGACCCUGGCUGCCAUCUGGUUCCUGGUGCUGCUCUUUGCGCUGCUGCCCAUCGUGGGGGUCGGGGAGUACACGCGUCAGUGGCCGGGCACCUGGUGCUUUAUCAGCAUCGGAGACAGAGAGGUCCCAGGCAACAUGUUCUUCGCCAUCACUUUCGCCGUGCUGGGGAUUUUCUCUCUGCUGGUGACCCUGUCCUGUAACGUGGUGACGAUCCGGGGCUUGAUUGUCCGGUGCAAAACCAAGUCCGGCACUUCCCAGUCCUCCAAACAGUGGGAGCGACUCACCACGGAGACCGUCAUUCAGCUGUUAGGGAUUAUGUGCGUCCUGCUCGUGUGCUGGUCCCCUUUACUGGUGCUGAUGCUGAGGAUGAUCUCCACCCAGGUCUCCUCCCACGAUUGCAACUCCAAAGUGGGGAUAUCCACCAACUCCUCGAGCCGGGACGUCAGCUUGGACUGCAACUUCUUCCUGACGGCUAUCCGCCUGGCCUCCCUCAACCAGAUCCUUGACCCGUGGGUCUAUCUGCUCCUCAGGGAGAUCCUCCUCCGCAAGUUCUGCAUCGUGGCCAACGCCGUGACCAACUGCUCCCUGGAGGAUCGCAAGGAGAAUCGGAAUGCACUGGACGCGCUCAACAAGCAGAGCCAGGACAGCAGCAACCUUCAUAGAGCACAAAGUGGCUGAGAUGACCUUUGACGUCAGAAUUGCUCUGGUGAGGCCGUGAAGCCAGGACAGAUUAGACGGAUGUGAAUGUGGACGCAGGACUGUCUUGGAAGAGGUGUGAGAAAGUAAAAAAAAAAGGAAUAUUUUGACACAGAAGGAUAUUGUGCAAUGGGAGAGGAGAGUAGUCCCUCUAAUGCAGUGUCCAUGAGAAGCAGUCCACUCAGCUCCGGGUGCAUUUGUUUUGCUUUGAACACAUUCCAUUCAAAGUCACCUAACCAGCAUGUGGACGCAUGACCGUGUCACUUCUUGCAUUCGGCUACGGCGCGGCUGCCAGGAAUUCUCUCUUUGCUACUUUCCUGUUUUGAUAACAUCUCCCACGUGCAGCGGCUGAAUAUGUGUGACUUUAAACUGACUUAUAUGGAAGCGGUGCAUCUCAUCCUGCUUUUUUUUUGUGUCUGUGAUCUGAGUCACUGCUUUCAACAACUCGAAGCCAUAAGCCAAUUUAAGGACAAAUCAAUGGCUGUUGUGAAUGUCUGUAAAUUGAAAAAAAAACAAGUGUAAAUUGCUCACAUGAAGUUGUAAAUAGCUUUGUCGUAUCUUACAUGAAAUGUUAUCGCUGGACAUUUAGAAGAAGAAAAAAAAACUGGAGCCAACUGUUUAUUUUAAGUAUUUAUUAAGAGUGUUGCUGUCGUGUGAGGUCAAGUUGUUUCUGAGCAAAAUGCUGGUGAUGGUUCCAGUCGGGAGUCGGCUGUUGUAAAUUUUAUAAUACACUGUACACGGUGUUCCUAGGCAACCAGCCGGGACUCUGAAAUGUGAAGCUUCUUAUUUGUCGCCAUGUGUUUUAGACGCAUUCAUGAUCUGUAAUACGUCCUGACAAGGGGUCAAAUCUCACCAGCCAAAUCUUUCUUGGAAAGAAAAAAGAAACUUAAUUGCUGGAAUCUUAUGACCAGUCAUGUCAAAAUAAGUGGAGAGAUUGGUGCUGUUUGGAUAAAAUGCUGACCAGCAGAAAAUAUAAUGGAAAUCUAAAGGUCAUUUCCAAACUGUCCAAAACUCAAAACAGUACAAACUAUAAAAAGAUUAAAAAGCUUUUUUGGCAUGUUUGAAGCUGCUACACAAAGUUUUUUGUGGUUUUAGAAACCAUUAAAAUAGUUCUGCCUGUGCAGAGGGUUGUAGCUGCAGCUACAGAAAGUUUAAACCAGCUAUAUAAAUUCGCCUCAUGCUUUUAAUCUGAUUGUGAUUAAUUUGGACGUUUUGAAUGUGUCCUUUGAUAUCCCAUCUUUUAUUUUUCUCUCAUCUCCCCAACUGUUCUGGUAGCGUUGAUGCUGAAUGAGAAUUUCCUUUCAUGUGUUCGGUGCAAUGUCUCAGAGGUCUCAGAUGAAAUCAAGGCAUGUUCUAAUGAGGUGCUUUGCUCCCAGCUGACUAAAUGUAAUUGACAAAGAGCGCUGGAAUCUAUUUCUUUUACGGUGGUGUAAACAUCUUCGAUGGGGUCUUGUAUAACACCAUCUCGUUGGUGUAUGGACCGUAACCUUCAGGCUCUGGGACAAUUUCUCUCAUCACAAGCACUCGGCCUUCUCUGCUCAGCAGCAAACAUUAUUAGAUAAUGUCCACUCGCCUUGGUCCUGCCUUUGCUUUCAAAUGUGAGAAACACAUGCUCUGUGAUAAUGACCCUAGGAAGUUGUUAUCUGCAAUAGCCUUGUGGAAGAUGAACAUUUUCCAUUUCUAUGUAGCUGUUGAUCUGCUAGCAUGAGAGUGGAGUUCUAUUGAUUGUGAAGCCGGUCUGCGUUAGUAUAAGUCUGAAGGUGUAACCUUAGUCGGUGUGUAAACACACAAACACAAAGAACCAAUUGUAUUCUAUAGAGUGCGUAACUCUGCAACAGCGCUAAAGACUCUUUAUGAAAUUGCAUUACAUGUCAUUUGGCUGACGCUUUUAUCUAAAGCGACUUACAAUUAGUGCAUUCAACAUCUAUGAGGGGCCAUUUAGGGGUUCAGUAUCUUGCCCAAGGACACUUCGGCAUUCAGAUGGGGAAGAGUGAGGAUUGAACCGCUAACUUUCUUGUUGGAGGACGACUCUCCACUCUACCCCUAGGCCACACCGCCCAUAUGAAAUCACAUUUAAAUUCACAAAUUACACACAUGCAUAAACAUAAGUAUCCUGAAAAUGCCUGUUUUUGUUUCCCCAUCAAGAUCCAUGAAAUAUUUAUGUCGAAAAGAAAAAAAGGAUCCGCUCAUUGAGUCUGCUUAUAUGGAACUUCACCAAAAAAUGUAUGGUGAAAACACAACCUUGUCGGAGGUCAAAUAAAAUUUGCAUUGCAUAGAAACAAAUUAUUCUCCAUUAUUCCUAAUUAUGGAGUUCAUAGGAGCCGUGAAUGUAUAGAGACAUUUACAUAUGGUGCCUGGAUUGUUAAAAUGUGAAAACACUAAUGUAUUCCUCUCCAGGUAAUCACUGUCAUUAACGUCGUAAGUGCCGUCAGAAUAACAUGGGCAGCAUGCACUGUAAUGAAUGUUCCACUAAUUGAGCCUGUGGUGCUGCGUUACGAGUAUUGACUCCAGGAACAUGUUCCUGUGGUGCUACGGUUAAUGUACACUUCAAUCAGUGACAUCAGGGGUUUGAUUCAUGCGUUCAAAACAAUGACUGCAUUUAUUCGUAAUUUGCUGUGGGAUAUGUCGUGUUUACGAUUCACUCUGCUCACUUGAAUCUGUGGCGUAAUUAUCUCAGUCCUCCAUCCAGGAGAUUGUGAGACGCUGCUUCCUGCUCGUCAGUCGAGGAAAAAUAAUUACACAGAGGAAUAUCCCCUGAAGGCUACUUGGCCCUAUAUGUGUUCGUGAAUUUUCCAGGGAGUUACAGCCAGCCCGAGCCCGAGCCACAUGGUGGGAAGGAAAAUUUAAGAAUAAUAAUUUAUUCUUUCUAAACAGAAAACAUAAUACAUUUCAAUCCAACUUUAAUGGAUCCAGCAGAAUCAUAUGCAUAAUGUUUACAGGAAAUGUAAUGCUGAAGAGUUUACACUCAUGAAAUAUAGAUGUUCAUUUAAACUGCAGGGCUGCUACACCGUGAUGAGAUGCAAAUAUCUGUAAACUCCAGUUUACUGAUUAAAAAAAUUGAUGAAAAUUAAUGUUAAAAAACACAACACGUGCUUAUCAAGCUUUGUGAGCAAUGUCAGGUUGGGUUUUCUCACAGGCUUAAUUGAUCUGGAUCUGUGCAGGGGUGUGUUAGGAAUAUUUCAGAGUAAAAUAAAGAUACAUCAUAAGACACUCUGCUCUCUCAAAAAGCUUCUGGUAUGGUGUGGAGACGUUUACAACAUUAAAACAAUCUAAAUAGAACAAAUGAAAAUGAGCAAAAUGAGCACGACUGUGUUAGUAUAUCUAUUUUCAGAAGCUGCAGUAAAACCCUGAGAAAAAAGAAGAUGCUUCACAUUAAUGAAACAGCAUGUGUUUGUUUGUAUAUCGCUAAUGCUUUGUUUAGUUUUGAAAAUUAUGUGAUGACCAUAUCUAACAACGUUUCCCCCCUUCCUCCCAGUAUCCAGAACUGAAACAAGAACUACCUAAAAAGACAAAAAAUAUUUAUUAAAUAUGUAUUUCAUCAGUACUUUGAAAUUUUAGAUUGGUCCAUGUCCAAUCUGCUAACAUGGGGGAGGCGGGGUGCCACCAGAUGUGCUUUGGCUUCACUUUUGGGAAGCUGUCGUGUUUACAUCUGUAUAUUUACAGUCUAUGGUUUUAACGAUGGCAAACUGCAUUAACUCUGUGUCUGUUCUGUCUCUCUCCUCCUGUUCACCUCUCCAGCAGAUCUUUCAUCCGUCACUCUCACUUGCACUCCUCCUCUGCUCUCUCCUCCUGUUCUCUUCCUCUCUCUCUGUUUUAUUUGAGACAUGGACUUAUAAGCUUAUUCACUUAAUAUUGUUUCACUGUGUUGGAUAACUGGACCAUUGUUGGAUGCCAGCUACAGUCCUAUGUUCGAUGCAGCGAACAGUUGAACAUCAGUCAAAAUUAUAUUGUGAUUUAUUACUUACCACAGUGUAAUCAUAGGAUUUAAUGCUCUGAUAACAUUUAUCUUCCAUAACAUCAUCUAACCUCUUUCCCUCUAUGUUGUGCUCUUGUUGCACUUUUAACUCCAGUUGUUGGUCUAUCCCAUCACACACUCUUUAUUUAUGAGGGUUUAUAUUGUGAUAAUUAAAUGUAAAGCUCUGCUGGCUAGCCGGCUAAGGAGUCCUCUUCCUCACCACCCAGAGUUUGAAGAUGAGGCUGUGGUUCUUUCAUCUGCCCUGACUCAUCUGCUUCUACAGAAACAGGAGCAGAGGAGUCAUUCGGCCUGAGCGUCAUUCUGCAACAGUACCAAAUGUUUUAUCAGACGGCCUGUAUCUGUAACCC